AUGGGAUUUGGUGAAAGAUGGAUAAGGUCGAUCAAGUUCAGUCUAACCACUGUCAAAUACUCAGUCCUCAUCAACAGAUCUCCAGUUGGCUUUUUCUUCCCUCAGAAAGGGAUUAGGCAGGGAGACCCUCUCUCGCCUUUUCUUUUCAUCAUAGCAAUGGAAGGUUUGAGCAAAAUGUUUGAUAAAACAAGGCAAUUAGAAUGGAUUGAAGGGUUCAAGAUAAGCAGCAACUCAGGGAAUUCAAUCUCAAUCUCCCAUCUGUUAAACGCAGAUGAUACACUAAUCUUCUGUGGGGCUGGAAAACUGCAGUUGCAAUACCUCAAUCUAACCCUCCUUAUUUUUGAAUCUAUUUCAGGUCUACACAUAAACGUGUUGAAAAGCAUGAUAUAUCCUGUCAAUGCGGUACCUAACUUAGACGAGCUGGCUGGUAUAAUGAGUUGUGACAUUGGCUCAUUUCCUACUACCUACCUCGGACUACCCUUGGGAGCAAAACAUAAGUCAGUGGAGGUGUGGAAUGGUGUGAUUGAGAAAGUGGAAAAAAGAACUUCAGCUGCGUCGAAUUAUCAAAAUGGCAGAAACGCCGGAUCCAGAGAAGAAAAUUAG